AUGCUUUUCAACGCCCUAAUCCGCACCCACCACAUAACCUCCCGCAAAAAAGUCUCCGCCCUCAAACGCGCCGCCGACACCCACCGCGUCGCCGUCCUCCUCCGCUCCGGCGGCUGUCCGGGUAUCAUGUAUGUUGAGGGUGCGGAGCGGGGGCAGGUUGAGGAGUGGGUUGGUGUUGUGAAGAGAUUGCGGUAUAAGGACUUUCAGCUUGUUAGUAAAACUGGUGAGCUUGUACAUGAAGAUGCGCAAAGCAGCGCCAGCACCAGGGAUAAGAUCAAUGUUGGGUUGGAUGAGGUUGAGAGCGUCAAGGAGUUUGGAAGUGCGAUGGCUUCGAAAGGGAUUUGGGGGUGGUGGAGGAGAGGGAUGGGGUAUUCUUGA